AUGGAAAUCCUUGGGGCCGUUGCAGCCUGCGACCAGCUCUUAGGGACAGUUAUCUCCAUUUCCAAGAAACUGGAAAGAGCCUAUAAGGUGAUCAAACAUGCGAAAGAAGAUGUCCAGGAUGUAAUGGAUGGCACCGAAACCAUAGAAGGAUUAUGGGACAUCUUCGCGAAAACAAUGGAGGAAGUCAAGCUGGUUGAUGGGUUUCGCGAAGACGUAAAACACUAUCGAGACCUCGACAUGGAUAUCGAACGUCAAGCAAGGGCAGUCAUUUCCAGAAUCCACUCCAUCCUCGAUUUGCUCCACCCGCUAUACACGAAAAAAACACGAGUGUCUGGCUGGAGCAAACUCCUCGCUCGACUUCGAUGCUUCUUCAGCAGCCAGAAGCGGUUACAGGGUCUCCAGAUGGACUUGGCUGUGCUUGGUGUGCGUAUGAGGAGCUUUCUCGCUUUGGUGCAAAUCCGGAUUUCCGUGCGGCAAUAUAGACUGAGCCAGUCCGCUGCGACGAGGGCUCAACUGGAUGAUCUACAGCGAGAGCUGAAGGACGAGUUGCGGAAAAUCUCCAACCUCAUGAAAGCCCAGCGAGGCCUUCUUUGA